AUGCCUCCUCCUUCGAACCUCAAGCCUGUCCAGCAACAGCUGUUUGCGGAAAAUGGAGCUCCUCGCCCCUCCGCCGAGAAGAAGACGCACAUUGAAGUCUGUGCUCGGAUAAGGCCGUUGCAGAUCACCAUGCAGAGUUCGUCGAGUUACUUCAAUGACCAUCAUGCGUCUCCGCGCAAACCUCCCGUUCCAAGCACCCGUAGAGCUGGUGGAAUUCCCACCCCCAAAGCCUCAGCCAAGGGUAACAAGACGCCCCAAAAGUCUCCCGCACCGAUUGCGGAAGAAGAUCUCUUUUAUGCCUGGGACGUGAUUGGAAAAGACACUGCCUCGCAAAGCCCUCGAACGGAUAUCGUACAGGGGAGGACGCAUCAAUACACGCUCGAUAAGGUCUAUGGACCUACUUGUUCCACCAAAGAAGUCUACGCUCAAUCGGUCAAGCCAUUGGUAAUGUCCGCCAUGGAAGGAUACCACAGCGCUGUUCUAGCAUACGGUCAAACCUCCACUGGUAAAACAUUCAGCAUGACGGGAACACCCACUUCUCCUGGAAUCGUUCCUCUUUCCAUUCAUCAAUGCUUCCAAUGCCUCGAAAAGGAUCGGGAAUACCUCAUUCGAGUAAGUUAUCUAGAAGUCUACAAGGAACAAAUUAGGGACCUAUUGGCCGAUGGAGCCAGUCAAAUUCGACUCUUUGAUCAUCGGGAACAAGGACUCAUCAUCAAGGGACUACGAGAAGAGGUUGUGACGUGUCCCAAACAAAUCUUUGAAAUACUCGCUAAGGGAGAAAAAAGACGCAAAAUUGGUGCCACCAACAUGAAUCAACAUUCCUCACGAUCCCAUGUCAUG